GUUUCGCAUACGCGUACGCGUCUAGACGCAGAAGAUUACUCUCAAUUACAAUUAUCAUGAUUGUACGAGUAAGGACAAAGGAUGGCAACUUUCGCUUCGACCUGCCAUCCUCCGCGGACGUGAGCCAGUUAUUGAAAAAGAUACUAGAAACUACUGUGGAUGCCGACGAUCAUAGUCUUACAAUAUCUAAUAAACCACGAGGAGGGGAGAUACCUGUUUUGAGCUUGAAAGGGAAAUCACUGAAGGAAAUCGGAAUCAAUCAUGGCGACCUGUUUUUUGUGCAAUACCAAACGAAAACUCAAGGGGCAACGACGCCACCAGAACAAUCUCCCAGUACAAUUCAAGUUUCCGGCGAUAUACCCCAUCGGCCAUGGGAAUCAGUUCAAGAGGAUGCGGUGGAUGUUUACUGGAGGAGUAAAGACGGGAAGAUCCCCCGCCAGCGGGAUGCGCAGUUUUGCAAACAUGGUCCGAAAGGAAUGUGUGAUUAUUGCAUGCCCUUAGAGCCGUACGACGCUGCAUAUCACAAAGAACACGGAAUCAAGCAUCUCUCCUACCAUUCCUAUCUGCAUCAACUCACCCCGAAAUCGUCAUCCGAUUCUGCAAGUUCCUUACCACCCCUCAAUCCAUUGAACUACAAAGUGAAAAUCCCGUGUCCCGCAGGCAACCACCCACCAUGGCCUGCCAGUAUCUGCACUUCCUGCCAGCCAUCUGCGAUUACUCUCCAUUCUCAAUCGUAUCGAAUGGUUGACCACUUGGAAAUUGCAUCCAUGGAGAUUAUUGAUCGAUUCUUACACGCCUGGCGAAGGACGGGAUCGCAGCGCUUUGGCUGGUUGCUUGGAAGAUACGAACCGUAUGAUAAAGUUCCGAUGGGAAUCAAGGCUGUCGUAGAAGCGAUACACGAACCAGCUCAAGAGGGCGAACUUGAUGGACUUACUCUUGGCUUACCAUGGGAGGAUGAGCCCCGUAUCCGAGCGCUCACUGCUCACGCAUCGACUCCUUUGACAGUUGUGGGGUAUGUUUUCACGGACCUUGUUCCGACAGAAGAAGACCGAACGAAGAAUGUUUAUAAGAGACAUCCACAAUCCUUCCUGAUGUCGUCACUUGAGGCCAUCUUCGCUGCGACCAUGCAAUCGAAAAACCCCACGCCUUCGAAAUCAUCAUACACUGGAAAAUUCUCUUCGCGGUUGGUCACCGCGAUUCUCACUGCCACGGAGGACGGUCAAGUCGACGUUUCUGCAUACCAGGUCUCCGAACAAGCUAUGGCCAUGGUGGAAGCAGACAUGAUUGAAGCUAGCGUUGACCCCGGCAUUGUGCGCCUCAAGGAAGAAGAUCGAACCGUUGACUCGGCGCGAUACAUACCGGACGUGUUUUUCACCUACAAAAAUGAGUAUGGUUUAGAGGUCAAAAAAAGCGCAAAACCGGCAUUCCCGGUGGAAUAUCUAAUGGUGAACGUUACGCAUGGUUUCCCUCAAUCCCCUUCCCCUCUGUUCCGUUCGAUCCAAUUUCCCAUUGAAAACCGACAGGGGUUGGAAGAUCAAACUAUCGAAAGUGUUCUGGCUCAGUUGGCUCGGUUGGAUGCUCCCAAUAUCGAGGACAGCAGACACGCGAAACCUGGCAACGCCCACAAGACGUUCGCGUUAGCGAAAUGGCUGAGUGAUUGGCAUCUGAUAUCUUUCUUGGACACCACUCAAUUGCUGUCCCCAGAUGACAUACGACUAUUGUUGAAGACUGUCUCUUCACCUACCCUCCUCGAAGACCAAAAUCAACUUGACCCCGUUCUUGGUACCGAUGGCUGGCAGACCUUGAUGACAUUUGCAAGAGAACAUGCUCCACGUCCUCCUAUGCCUUCGUCAAUGGAUGAAGAUGAUGCGAUACCUCAGGAUGUACUGGAUCAAAUCGCCGCUGAAGAGGCUGCUACCUCUGGCGGUGUAACGCCCAGCACGAAGACAUGUCCUCAUUGCACAUUCGAGAACGAUAGCAUUAGAAGCGAUUGUGAUGUUUGUGGUUUACCGCUGUAGUAUGAUUGAAUAUGACGAGCGGCAGAAGACAAAGUUAUUCAGUGUAUUUUUAUCACAAUGAAGAAUUGUAUGCAUACAUUGUAUUCUGGAGUGUUUUGCUCGAAAACUC